AUGACGGAAGUCAUUAAAGUCCUCGGGUCUUACAAUGGCAGAGACAAGGCGAUGAGGUGAGUAAAUAUUUUCCAAAGAAACCCAUUGUCAAUCGAGUUGCUGUGAAGUUUCUGACAAUGAGGCCAUUUUGCGCGAUGAGUAAAAAAAAGCGUACUAAGCGGAAAAUCUUAUCAGUCUGUCGGGAAAAUAAUGAGUACAAUGUUGUUUCGCCAAUCGUGUCGCUGAAAUGAAAAAAAAAAUUGAUUUUGCUGCGACACAGUUCGUUUUUUCGACAGCGAUGCGAUUUUCGAUUGGACAGAUUGCUCAUUAUUUUCCCGACUGACUGAUAUAAAUAAUACUGAAAAACAUUAGACAAAAAAGUCCAGAAACAGUGAAAUAAUUGGAUUAACACUGCGAAAAACUGUAGCAUUUGGGUCCUUUCGGUUGACCAGCAGCGUUAACUGUAAUUCUCUGUAAUCUAAUUUUGAAAUUGAGCAAUUUUACAAGGCUCCGCAAGCUUUGAAUAGUUAAAUUUAACGGAAAAAGGUGAUUUGCUCCUCAAAUUGACAACAAGUCAGUGGUUCCAACUUCAAGCUAGAAUACGAUACAAGCUUUUUUUUUAAAUCUGUUUUCUCCAAAAAUUUCUCAAAAUUUCAAAAUUUUCGUUUCAGAUCCCUCUGCUUUGGCCUGUUCUUGAUAUCCAACAGAGUCAAAAACCAGGAGUUCGCCAAGAAUCUCAAGUUGCUGGCAGCGCAGAUCAGCAAGGCUCGGCUGGUAUCGCGACAGUUUAGUCAUAUCCCAUUGUUUUACGGGACCAUGAACUUGUGGAAGGUUUUUCGGCAGUCUCCCGACCAAGUGGAGACCGGACUCAGCUUGUUCACCAUGAUCGGAUACUGUCUUUAUGCGGUGUUUGAGUUUGGUAAGUGUUGGAAGCCGUACUGCAUGAAAUACCACAUCAAAAAUUCCCGCAAACUGUAGAUCAUUGUUAAUGUAUUGUAAAAUUAGAAGUUAUCAAUCAGUCGGGAAAAUAAUGAGCUCAGUGUGUCGCUGAAUUGAAAACAACCGGCUUUUCCCUGACACACUUCAUUGUCUCGGCGGCGAUGCGAUUUUUUAUGCGACGGAAUGCUCAUUCCUUUCCCGACAGACUAAAAUCUCUAUAAAAACAAGUGUUUUUUGGGUUUUCCAAAAUGGACAAUGUUGAAAGGCGUUUAAGGAACGUAUUAGCAUUUGUAUAAAGUUUAUGGACAUUUGUCGGGCCUUAUACCGAACUUUCAAGGAACUUGCCUCUUCAGAAAUCUUGGCCUUUUGCCCACAUACAAUUAGUUUUUUAAGAAACGCAAAAAGCAGGAGAGAAAACGGUUUCUAAACAAAAACACCUCACUUGCAAUCUAAUUACAACCCUUUCAGGCUGCUGGCUGAACGACGUAAACCUGAUCGCCAUCAGCCGCGAGAACUGGUACAAAUACGCGAUAUUCAGUUGGGUGUCAGCGUUGGUCGCGUCCAUUAUCCAGAACCUCCGCAAAAUCCUGUUUAUUGAGCCGCUGGAGGACAAACACGGCUUAGUGGACAAGCAGAAGCAAGAGCAACGGACGAUGGACAGGAUUCUCUUGGUUGGCACCGUUUCCGACUUUAUUGCCGGCGUUGGAUUGCUGCCGCAGAACUUCCUGUGGGGAGGGAAACUGACGGAACAGCAGAGCUCAUUCUUCUUCUUUGUGGCGUCGGUGAUCGGCUUGUACAGAUGCUUCUAA